AUGGAGCUGGAAGGGCCUAAUCCUUCGGGUGUACUCGUGUUGGGCUUGAACCCUGGGCUGCAACACAUCCUUCGGCUUCGUGUGCUUGAUCUUGGUCAGGUGAACCGAGCAGAAGCUCACACGCUUGGCGUGGGGGGAAAAGGCCAGAAUGCUGCCAAAGCUGCAUGCGCUUUUGGCGCUUUUGCAUCCGCCGCAUUUGGUGCAAGCGGCGCAAGCCCCUGCCGUGUAACUGUGGCACAGUUCUUGGGUGGUUACACUGGAGAACAGAUUCGUCAGCUGCAGAUGCAACAAGGAAUCGAGGAUAUCACGGUGACGGGUGCAACCACCAGGCAGUUUAUGACUUUGGUGGAUUAUCCGAGAACCGGCCUCCCAACCAUCUCGGAGCUUAUCACUCCUUCGGAACCUGUAAGCUCAGCCGCUGCAGAUGAACUGCUUGCAAAGAUUGUCGCUGCAGCACCAACAUUCAAAGGCAUACUUCUGAUGGGGACCUGGCCGAACGGAACCAGCCGAGACUUCUAUCUGAAAGCUGCUAAAGCUGCUAAAGCCAAAACGGAUGGAGCGCGUGGAGCGUGGGUACUUCUGGAUGUUGCCAAGCCUGUGCAGGAUGUGAUUGAUAUCCUUGACGCUGGUGACGUUGAUAUCUACAAGGUCAAUGCGAUGGAGAUUUGUGCCCUGAUGGGCUUUGAAUGCAAGGAGGGACAGAUCUCCGCAGAGCAAAUCAAUGAAGCGGCGAACAACACGCUGGAGCGCUUUGGGGGGCUGAGCCAUCUUGCGAUCACUGAUGGCGCAAAAUCUGCAUUCCUCUACUCUCGAGGGUCUGGCAACAUUCGCUGCAUCCGUUAUGAUCUCCCAGAAGUGGAAUGCUUCAAUCCAAUUGGUGCAGGUGACACAAUGGCGGGCGUUUUGAUGGCUUCUUUGUGCUCUGAUAUUGCCAAGGACGUUGAGGAGCGCUGCUUGCAACAGUAUGUGGAACAAAGACUGGGUUGCAGUGUUGAGACGAGUCGGAAGAGGCUGUGCAUUUUGGGCUUGCUGCAGCUUCGGCAAAGGUCAAAUGUGAAGGAGAAGGUGGGAAAUUUGAAACGGUUCCUUGCCUUGGCUGUGCGACAGUCAAAUCAAUCACAGAUGAUAAAGGCAACCUUCAGCUUAGGUCUGAGUUCACCCCGAAGAUCUGACAAAACUGAACUCAAUGUGAGCCUGCCAACGUGGCAAUGUGGACCUGGCAAAGUGAACCUGGCAACGAGACUGUCAGGGAUCCCCUCGAAGCUGCGAGCGGACGAGAGAGAAAAGAACGAGUUGGUGACCUACUUCCCUCCAGGAGGCCCCACAACGCUUGUGAACUACGAAUGGCUGUUGUUGGAUGACCAGUACGUUCUGUCUCCGAUUGUUUACGCACUUCGUUUGCAACACUUGGAGGACGGUAGGAGUGCUGCUUUGGGCCUUGCUUUUGUGGGUCUUUGGGCUGCGCAGGCUGCCUGCAAAGAUGACUCAGUCCUCGCAUUCCUUCAGCCCGAGGCCUCGAGCGUGUAUCGCUGCGUGCUCUGGGGAGCUCUGAAACUGAAGCACGUGGAGCACGUGGAUCACGUGGAUGUGAGAAGGCUGAGAAGGGCAAGGGGUGUUAUUUGUGACGUCGUUUCCUGCAACUCCGCAAUGUCUGCUUGCGAUGCUGCGUUUGCAUGGUCAUGUUGUUUGGACGUCUUUGAGGACUUGAAAUGCUCGAAUAUUCAAACGAAUGUUCUGGCUUUCAAUACCAUUCUCAGUGCAUGUGGGCGAAUGGACUUAUGGGAAAGUACCUUGGCAUCUUUGCAACACCUGGCGCUGUCUGCUGGUCUGGGUUUGGAGCCAACCCUGGUCACGCGGAGCGUGGUGAUGUCUGCUUGCACUUUCGUGGGGCAGUGGGCUCUUGCUUUGCAUCAGAUGUCUUGUCUAACUUUCGGACACUUUGAAGAUUUUGGCCUCAGGAAUGUGGGCAACAUGGCGAUAUGCAGCGUUGGAAUUAGUGCAUGUGCGCUGGGCAGUCUUUGGGAAAAAGCACUGUCUUUGUGUUCAGCUGCCAGUUACCUGAAGGGGAAAGUCAAAGUGAGUGGGAGAAAUUGGCAGUGGCAAGGGGCGCUGUGGUUACUUAGCGCGGCAGAAGAAAGAGACACUGUCACAUACACGGCGGCCAUCACUGCCUGUGGACAAAGCCAGCGCUGGCAGCACGCGUUGCUUCUGUUCUCUGCCUUGAGAGCUAGUAACUUGGAGGUCACCACUAUCAGCUACAACUCCAUUGUAACUGCACUUGGUGCAAAGUGGCAAGAAGCCUUCCAAUUGCUCGAAGAGCUUUGCGUGCAGCAGCAAGUUCCUGACACCAUCACUUUCGGUGCAUGUGCAAGCGCUUGCAGGGAUGGGCAAUGGGAAGCAACACUUCAACUCAUAGACCGUUUCUACAAAGAAGGCCAUCAAGCAGAGGCAGUUACUUUCACUGCAGCAAUAGAUGCCUGUGGCGCUGCGUCCUACUGGCAGUUUGGUCUAGUCCUGCUUUCACAACUGGAUGGGAAGGAUAUUCUUGCCCACAAUGCAGCCAUCAAUGCAUGUGGAGACACUGCGCAGUGGCAGAUCGCCUUGCAGCUCUUGCAUGAAGUGAAGUCCGACGCAAGUGUCUCAAGUCUCAAACUGGUGUUCACAUCUGGCAUUGCUGCGUGCCGCGGACAUUGGCAACAUGCACUUCCGUUGCUGGCAGAUAUGCAGGAGAUCCCAUUGCCAGGCAAUUUGUUCGCAUACAAUGCAGUGCUGGGUGCCUGUGACCAAGCUGGGCAAUGGUUGCAGGCGGUGUUUCUGUUCCAGGAGCUUUGCGACGAAGAUCUUCAGGCUGAUAUGAUCAGCUUUUGCUCAGCCCUUGGGGCAUGUCGGCAAAGCCCAGGAGCUUGGCAGUACGCCAUACCGUUCAGCAACGGUCUGCGAGAUCAACUUGUGAAGCUCUUGGAUUUUGGGGCUUGAGCCAUAAGAAACCGUAAGAAACCGC